AUGGAGAAAGUGGCCAAGGGCCCCCAAAAGGCGGAAAACGAAAGUCCAACGUUGCUACGCCGGUACAGCGGUCUCGCCCCAGCCUCCCUUGAAUCGCUCUCCUACGCACACUACUCUCGCCCAUUCAAAAAUCCGAACUACACCAAGAAUGCGAAUCGACGGGCCAAGAGCGCAAAGCAAGUGAUUGGGGCAGAGCGCGAGCGAGAAAAGCUUGGGAGAGAAAAGCUCAAGGCUCAGGGAAUGGAUGUAGACUGGACAGAAGAUCCGGAAGCUAUCACCUUCACUUCAAUCGAGGCUCCUCCUCUGUGCUUCCUCAGAAACGCUAUUGCUCCCUAUACGGAUCCUGCCUCUGGCCUUCGGUAUCAUGAUAAGAGCAUAUAUGAGUUGAUCAAGUCGCUGAACCCUGCAUCUAUGCAAGCUUAUCGUUCAGUGCGCAACCCACAUUCGGUGGUCAAGUAA